AACGUGUCCUCCGCGCUUGAAACCUGACACCUAUGGGCUGUGAUGUUGAGGAGGAGAGGUGACGAGGUGAGGAGAUAGAAAGCUGGGUGUCAGUGCUCACUGUCUCUCCCGAGCUUCACUUCCCUCUGGACUUCUCAAAUCAACAGGAUCUCACCCACUGAGAAUUCAUUUCAUCAAGUUGUCCUGCAGAGGCUCCUGGUGGACAUGAACAUCCUGCAGGUCCUGUGUCUCCUACAGCUGCUAGCUGUACCUGCAUUCACUCGAACCCGGCCCACUCAGGACUACUGGGGAGAGUUUGGACCCUAUGGGCCAUGUAGUCGCUCCUGUGGCACAGGUGUGGCAAUGAGAACCAGGACAUGUAUCACUUCAAGGACAGAUGGAGGACACAACUGCCUGGGAUCCUCCAAAUCCUUCCGCACCUGUAAUACACAGGAAUGUCCAGUGGGGUCCAGGGACUUCAGAGAGGAGCAGUGCUCCCAGUUUGACAGAACGGAGUUCCAGGGCAAACCGUACACAUGGGUGCCUUACUAUGGAGCAACCAAUCCAUGUGAGCUGAACUGCGUCCCCAGAGGAGAAAACUUCUUCUACAGACACAAACCUGCAGUUGUGGAUGGGACAAAGUGUUAUGUCGGACGCACUGACAUCUGUGUGGAUGGUGUCUGCAGGCUGCUCACAGCUGGAGAUUUUCCAGGCUUGGAUGAAGACAUUAACUCUGUCCACUCCACCACUCCUGUGGCCACUGGUCAACACCCAAGGGAGAUGCGCACAUACAGAUACAGAGCUGGUGUCUACGGCGAGUGCUCUGCCACCUGUAACGGAGGCAUGCAGUAUCGCAGAGUGGAGUGUAUUGUUCAGGACUCGGUGACCCCUCAGGUGGUCGAUGAGUCUUUCUGCAUUUCUCAGCGUCUACUGAGGCCAGCGAGCCAGCAGGCCUGCAACAUGCACCCGUGUGGUGCUGAGUACAGCGUCUCCAGCUUCAGUGUGUGUUCGGUGAGUUGUGGGGAGGGCCAGCAGACGAGGGAGGUAUUCUGUGUGGGACUUGGAGGAGAGCGUCUGGGUGACCACGCCUGCAGCGGACUAGUACGGCCCCAUGCUGUCCAGACCUGCCGCAGAGCCGCCUGUCACACACGCAUCACCUGGCAUGUGACCGAGUUUGGCCUGUGCACCAGAAGCUGCGGCGGUGGCGUGAGAGAGAGGAGGGUGGGCUGUUUUGAUACAGACCUGAACCCCUAUGAGGAGGCCAGGUGUGGACAAUCCAGCAGACCCAGCACUGUGGAGACAUGCAACACACAGGCAUGCCCCGGGGCACAAAUGGUCCCAAGUGUGCAGGACCCAAGAACACAUGGAAGCACCGUGAGAGGAUUCGUGCCCUAUGUUCCAGGAGAGCCUUCAGGUGCACUUCCUUCAGCUCCAAGGCCAGCUACAGACGUUCCCUAUGAACCCUUCCGCACAAUAAUCGGUCCUCACUGUGCACAGUCGUACUACGGCUGCUGUCCUGAUGGCCACACCUCCGCCACCGGGCCCAGGAAUGAGGGCUGCCCACAAGAUGACUGUGUUCGCACCAGGUACGGCUGUUGCUUGGAUGGGGUGACACCGGCUCAAGGCUUCGGAAGGGCGGGAUGUCCUGAUUUCCCAGCAACUGUGCAGCGUUCACCUCCCUCUGCCUAUCCAUCAAGUCCAUCCACUCCAUCCACUGCCUCUACUCCCUCCACUGCACCCUCUCCAUCCUCUCCAUCCACCCCAUCCACUGGUGAUGUGUGCUCCAUGCCGCGUGACGAAGGCUCCUGCGAUACCUGGAGGGUCCGCUUCUACUAUGAUUCAGCCGCUGGCAAAUGCACCGAGUUCUGGUAUGGAAGCUGUGAGGGCAAUGGCAAUAACUUUGCCACCCUGGAGGCAUGUCAGAGAAGAUGCGGCAACGUGGUGAGGGCAGCUCCAAGAGCGACUCCCCGGAGAGGGCCGACCAGGGCUGUUCUGAGGGCAAGGGCAUAACCAUGCUCACCACUAAUACCUCUGAUACGCAGGACGGACCAGAACGGCUUCUCUUUGAAAUGUAUCACACUACUCCUGUGCACACACACACACACACACACACACACACACACA